AUGAAGGACAAACAGAAGCGAAAGAAGGAACGCACCUGGGCCGAGGCUGCACGACUGGUCCUGGAGAACUUCUCUGAUGCCCCCAUGACACCGAAACAGAUCCUCCACGUGAUCCAGACCAAAGGGCUCAAGGAGAUGAGUGGCACCGCUCCUCUGGCCUGCCUCGUCACUAUGCUGCACUCGCAGGUGAGAGGGGACCGCGUGAAGAACAGCAUCUUCUUCAAGCUGCCUGGACGUAUGAGCCUGUUCACACUGAAGAAAAACGCGGUGCAGUGGACCAAGAUGGUGGAGGAGGCAGAGGUGCAGGCUGAGGGGGGCAGCUCCAGCAGCAGCCCCCAUGAAGCGAGUUCCACCGUGAGCCCCUCAGAUGCCACAGAGCAGGAGAGCUGUGACUCCACUGAGACCACUGCAGCGGCAAGCGGAGACAAUGAUGCGUCUGUGGACGAGAGCUCCUCCAGUCCCCUUUGCUCUACUGAGACCCCAGCCCCAGUCACUCCUCCGGUUAGUCACCCCCAAACCCGCCUAAGCAGAGCAUCUCAGAGACCAGAGGCUCAGCGCCAGCCUACCCCCCACGCACAAACUAGGCUGAGCCGUUCCAGACAGUCAGGUCGGCAGAGAAAGAAGGCCGUCAUGAUGCCCCGGGUGGUCCUCACACCGCUCAAGGUCAACGGAGAGCAUGUGUCCUCAGGCCCCAUGAAGAGCCGCCGAGGAGGCGUGGAUGUGGACUUUGAGACUCCAGGCUCCAUCUUGGUCAACACCAACAUCAGAGCUCUGAUCAACGUCAGGACUUUCUCUGCCUUCCCCGCACACUCCCAGCAACAGCUGCUACAGCUGCUGCCCGAGGUGGACCGGCAGAUGGGUGCUGAUGGAAUGACCAGGCUGAGUAGUUCUGCUCUGAACAAUGAGUUCUUCACCCAUGCCUCACAGAGCUGGAAGGAGCGCUUGGCUGAAGGGGAGUUUACUCAUGAGAUGCAGGCACGCUUCCGGCAAGAAAUGGAAAAGGAGAAAAAAGUGGAGGCCUGGAAAGAGAAGUUUUUUGAAGAAUACCAUGGACAAAAACUGGGCCUGACGCACGAGGAGUCGCUGCAGCUCACCAGAGCAGACAGCACUGAGGUGACUGCUGCAGUGCUGGACGAGGGUGUUACCGUUGCAACCGCCCCUCAGAAGAGGCGCAGCGUGGGCAGGAGGCGGCGAGACGGGCGCAUGAGGAGACGUGCCCGAGCAGACCUGAGGCGGCGUGCCCGUAGGCCCCUCUGCAAGACCACCUCUGCCCCGCCCCCCACAGAUACUCCGGCUGCUCCCGAGGCCUGUCUGGAGGAGUCACAGCCGGUGCCAGUCCCAGACAGUGUGGUGCUGACCGAGCCCGUCACAGAGCAGCCCACAGAAACUACUCCUGUGGAAGCGGAGCCAGAGCAGCCAGCAGAGCCCCUGGAGGCCUUGGAGCCCCUGGAGAAAGAGACAAAGGAACCAGAAGAGCCCGAGUGCCCAGAGGAGUCUGAGGAACCAGAAGAGUCCGAGGAACCAGAGGAGUGUGAGGAACCCGAGGAGUCUGCCCUGCCAGAGCCCCAGCCUCCCUCCAGUCCCAGCCCCAGCCCCAGCCCUGCCUCUACAAGUGCCAACGAGGAGGCCGAGGUGCCCCCCAGCCUGUGUGUGGAGGAACCCACCGCAGCUUCCACCUCGUCUUUGUCCUCCUCCUCGUCCUCAUCCUCGUCAUCCUCCUCUUCCCCGUCCUCCCCCUGCUCCCCCUCAGAGCCCCAGGCCUUCAGGGCAGGCCUGGACUCUUCCUCCUCAGCCUCCAGUGGGGCAGUGGUGGCCGAUCCCCUGGACGACACAGCUUCUAUCGUCACCUCUGUCACUGGCACGGCCACCAGCAGUCGAGAGAGCAGCCCGUCAGCCAGCCCCACCCCCACCCCCACCCCCACCUCCCAUGGCAAGGAGCAGAAGAGGAGGCCGGACAGCCAGGACCACCGCAGCUUCCCCGAGAAGAGACCCCGGCUCAAUGACCAGCAGUCCUUUCGUACCACAAUCCCCAGUGUGUGCACCGAGAAACCACAGCCAACUACAGAGGAGCCCAGGGUGCCGCCUAUCCGGAUUCAACUGUCCAGGAUCAAACCUCCCUGGGUCAAAGGCCAUCCCACCUAUCAGAUCUGCCCCCGGAUCGUGCCCCCCGGCCAGGGCUCGCAGCGGUCGGGGACGGGGGGCGCGAGAACACUGGCAGACAUCAAGGCCCGUGCCCAGCAGGCACGUGCCCAGCGCGAGGCCGCUGCUGCUGUUGCGGCCUCUGCCGAAGGACCCUCAGCGGGCACGCUCGGGCUGCAACAUAGCCCUGGGCUACACAAUAGUAACAGCAGAGACUCAGAAGGACUCACAGCUACAGGCUCUGAUCCACCUGGAACACAACUACAGCCUACCCCUGUAGAAGCCCCUCAGCCCUCCCCCACGACCUCCACAUCCACAUCAGUGUCCACAGAGCCCUCCCUCACCCCCAGCCCCCCCCAGCAUUCAGCAGAGGACCUAGUGUCCACUGUGGAUAAGCCAGCCAGCACUGAGGAACAUGCCAGCAAGCCCCCAGCUCAGCACGGUGUCCCCCUCCACACAGACAUGCCCCCAGAGAGCCGGAGGACUCUCACUCCCACAUGCAUCCCCGACACACUGCCCAGGUUUGGGGCUCAGGGUGUGGACGUGAGCCAGCUCCCCUGUGGGCGCUCAGAGGAGCCUGCUUCAGGGGUGAUCCAGCACAGCUCCGAUGUGAGCCCUGUCCCCAGUCUGCUGCUCCGGGUGAAGGAAGAGGACGAGGGCCACAGCGACUCCACAGAGACCGCGUCUGAUGGAGAGACGGAGGGGCAUCAGCCGGAGCGGGGCUGGCACAUGGGCCACAGUCCUCGUCACAACCACAAAGCUGUGAUCCACACCCGCUGUGGGCCCACGGUCAUCCAGCACUGCUUCAUGAACGGCUUGUCUCACACGCAGGACUCUGGGGACGAGGUGAAGCAGGAGCCUGUGGACACGAGUCCUGCCUCGGACAAUGUGAAACAGAGGCGGGCCAUGAGCUCCAGGCUGGUGUCCAGUGUGGAGGCCAACAACCCCCUUGUGACUCAGCUGCUUCAGGGCAGUCUGCCUCUGGAGAAGGUGCUGCCCUCUCAUGGGGCCACCAGGCUGGAGAUCAGAGCCCCUGCUCAAGCUGUGUCCCCCUGUGCGGACAUCCCAGGCCCGGGGGCUCAGCUGUUGCAGCAGCAGGUGCCUGUCAUCACAUCUGGCCCCUCCAGGUGCAAAGUUGAGCUCUCAGACUUCAGUGUCAAAGACCAUGUUUGUAUUCAGCCCUCACAGGGGGCCACACUGGACCGGUCACUGCAGGCCACUAGAACCAUGGUAAAUGACCCGUCCCCCCCACACGCGGACCCCUGUCCCACUGAGACUGUGCACCACAUGAAGCCUGGCUCUUGGGCGCCUAUGACGCCUCAGAGCCCUGCUGUGAAGAGCGAGGGGGGCUUCCGGCCCUCUUGUCAAGAUGGGGCAAGCCCUUCUCCUCUCCUCCCUGUUAGUUUUACCAAAAAAGAGAUUCUGAACUCUGUGGAUGGAUAUUUGAGUGGGGGGGCCAUGGAGGGGCUGCUCAACAUGGAGCUGGCUUUGGCGCGGAUGGCAAAGAAGGAUCAGAACAAAGGCUGUGGCUCCUCAGGGCCCCUGCCCUUCCACCUGUAUGGGAAGUUGCCCAAGCAGGGCCCAGGCCUGAGCUACACAGCUAACGUCUCGGUCAUGGAGGGAGGUCUGUCCCGCAGUGUGGCCGAGGGGGUCCUCCUGCACCCCUUGCAGGCCUUCAGUGACAGCUCCGAGGAGGUGGCCCUCAAGUGUUCCUGCCGCCUCAAAGCCAUGAUCAUGUGUCAAGGCUGUGGAGCCUUCUGCCAUGAUGACUGCAUCGGCCCCUCCAAACUGUGUGUGUCCUGCCUGGUGGUCAGAUAG